UCUUUGGGCAAAGAUCUUCUUUGAUCUUUGGUGUGAGGCGAGGGGGGAAACCCGCGGCGUCCACCCUCAACGAUCAGCAUGGAGAAGAAAAGGAAGCGCAUCGACUCUCCAACCGAUGCGGCGACGGCGUGGAAAACGACCAAAUAUAUGGCCCUGGAAACCACCGGGACUGAGUUUAAAAACCUGCUGAAGAGUCCAGAGGGAGUGGAGAAAGGUUUAGAAUAUUUUAUUCAUAUAGCCAGACAAUUGCCUUGCUCUGAACACUAUGAUGUUGUGGAGGGGUACAUAAAGAUUUCAGCUGAAUGUGCAGAUAUUUUUAAACUUCUUGAUGGAGAGAAGAGGCCAGAAAAUGAGAUCAUUUUAAUUUUCCAGGCCUUGGAGGCCAUUUUGCUGAGGACUGCCAGUGAUCUAUCCCAUUUUAAUGCAGUGGGAAUGAACAUAGUGAAGAAGUUGCUGAAUACUUACAUGAAGUCUAUAUAUUCAGCACUUUACUCAGCAAAUCUCAGAUGUACCAAAGUAUGCCUUGCCUUAUUGUCUGCAAUGGUAAGCCAAGGUACAGAAGCCGCACGAGAUUUCUUCGGCCACUUUGAUUUCUACAACAAAUUGCUCCCAGGCUUAUUGAAAAAGAGAGAUGGAGCAGUAAGGAUUGAUAUUCGCAUGGCUUAUAUCCAAUUUGCAGUUUCGUUUCUGAUUGUUGGUGACAACAACACUAUUACCCAAGUCCUGGAGUUAAAAGAUUUUUUAACGGAUAUAUUGACUUCUGGACUAAAAGAAGAUCGGAUUUCUGUCAUAAAUUUACUUCUGUCGACUUUGAAAACAAAGGUUGUCCAAAAUAAGGCCAUAAGUAAAACACAGAAGGUUCGUUUAUUCUCAGCAGGAGUUUUGAAUCAUAUUGCAACGUUAUAUCGCUGGAGUGGAAGUGUUGAUGUAAUCGUGAAUACAAAGGCAAACCAAGACUCGUCGGCAGCUGGAAGAGACUUGGUUCGAGAACUUGUGCACAGUUUCCUAAUUGAUCUAUGUUGCUCUCUUAAACAUGGCAUCAAUUUUUAUGAUUCUAGUCUGGGAACAGUGAAAAGGGGAGGGAACGUGGUGCUUCUGAGAUUCCUGCUGGGCUUAAAAACAGCCACAGAAGAUGAACUUGUUGCUGACCUCAUGCUGAAGAUUCUCGGUGUGUGUCCGGAUUUAUUAAACCGAUUCUUCAAAGAAACGCAGUAUUCCUUUGUCCCCAGGCUUAAGACAGCCUGGCUAGACAAUAUGAAACUACUCAGAAAGAUUUAUGAAGCGCAGCCAGAGGUUUCCAAGGCUUUCAAGACAAAGGAAUACAUCCCAGUUUCUCGUCUCCUAUCUAUGGUGAUGGUCACGACAGUACCUCCAGUAGCAACUAAAGCCAUGUUUAUUCAGGGAAUCAGUUUCGCAAAUAAAGCAGUUCAACAGGCUACAUUCUCUCUGCUGGCAUUUGUUCUGAAGAGGGCACUGAAGAAUAUUGAGCAUUGUCUGAAUGAGGAUGUGUGGCAAUACUCUGAAAUUUACAAUCCCAAGACAAUGGAGGACUUUACACAGCAGUUCAGAGAGAAACUCAGCAAGCAUUUGCCAGACAUGAAUAGCAUUGUAGCAACAUGGCAAUCACUUUUAAAAAAUGAAGAUAAAGAUGGAAAGCAAGAAGAAGAUGAAAAGGACCCAGAAAUCGACAGUGCUGUCAUGGAGACCUCCAAUAUUACAGAAGAUCAUGGUGACGAUGAUGCUAGAACCACUAUUGUAAAGGCAAUGGUGCUCCAUAUUAUGUGUCUGUACCAGAAAGUGGUCCCUCAUGUGGUUUCACAAUGUGCAUUUGAUUUCAGUAAAUUACUUAAAGGCAUUGUGAGUGAAAAGGGGGUAAAAGAAGAAGUUGCGCCAGUCCUACAGCACUGCAUCCUACAACUGGCUCUGGAGCUGCCUUCAAAUAAGUUUGCAUGGUUCAGAUUUCAGGAUAUCACAAACCUUGAAAAAAACAGUGGAGAAAAGUCAGUAUUUUAUUUGCUACUUAAAAUGUACGUGACUUGUAAGAGCUCUCAUCUGCAAACAUCAACCAAACAACUUAUUAUCAAGGUUUUAAAAGACACUGGAAUUUUUGAAUACACUUGGAACGAACUAGAAUUUUGGAUGAAAGGUCUUCAUUCUGUUUCCGAAUCGGAACAAGAAAUUGUCAUUCUGUUUCUUGAAAGAGUUUUGAUAAAGUUAAUAUCAAAUCCAUAUCCUUACACUGACAAGAUUUCAGAUGCAAUACAAGAAGCAAGUUCGCUGCAGGCAAACCUUGAUGGGCAGGACUUGGAUACUGUUAGUUUGCCUAUCUCCUGUAUUGAUGAUGUCUUGGAUAUGGUGGACGUUAUUAUGGAGACUAGCGAAGGUCUGAAUGAUGAGGUUGGGUUUACCUUAAGUGAGGAUGUCAUUACACAGACGUUUCCUUUCAGCGCAGUGGUGACAGCUGCUUUGGAAGCCAGGAACAAAAUGGUCUUGGGAAACACUAAUGAAACAGAUGCUGUUUUGCAGUACCUUUUUGCUACUCUGGUGGAUAUUCUACAUGUGCAACAAAAUCCAUUGGCUUUGUGUUUAAUACUACAAAUGUAUGACAAAGAACUUGAUUCAUUUUCUGAAAACCAAACUCCAUUCAAAAAUAUUUUGCAGUUGUAUACAUAUUACAGUCUUUGGAUCCCACAGCAAGCCAAUGAGACACUGUUUGAACGAUCCGUUAUGGAUAGAACACAUUCUGUUCCAUUGAAACAAGCUUCGUUCUGCGGUCUUUUGAUGGGAGCGUAUGAAAUGGGGGUCAGCAUCCUCCUCAGAGAUGAUGUUAAAGAUAUUCUGAAGCAUGCAGUGGCACAGUUGCACCUGUGUGAGGUUGUUCUGGCUGUGAAGCAAGUGAUGCUGUACAUCCGGACGUUUGUAGAAAACUUUAACAAAUUAGGAAGAAGCAAUGGUAUAGGACUGAUUGGAUUAUGUAUGGAUCUCUUGAAAUCACUGCUGCGGAAAUGUGAAGAGCCUGAAGAUAUUGAGGAGAAAUUGGAAAAACAUGGAGAAAGUGAGCUUUUUGUUGACUUCAAUCCUGCCAUGGGUGAACUAAUGAAAGAACAGGUUCUGGAGAGCACAGCGUCAGCAAUUUUUAAACACCCCACACUGGAGCAAUGGUUCAUGGCUUUGGAAUUGCAGGCUCCACCAGCCCACAGUCUUAACCCCAUCAGCUUUAAAAUGGUGUCAGCUCGCCUAAGCUCUGGUACCCUGAGCCUCCUUGAACUAACCGUCCCAUCUUUGCAGAGACUUGGUCGCAUGGAUAUAGUGUUGACUUACUUUAAAGUUAUAGUGGGAUGUGUUUUGAAGGAACUUGAAAUGAAAAAGUCAUCUACAGCUAAGUCAGCAGUGACGGGUAAAAAACCCUUGCCUUUCGAAGCCUUGGAAAAUUUAAACGCCUACUUAGGUAUAGCCUCGCUGAAAGAAAUUGUGGCAUCCAUGUUGGAACUCCCAGAAGAAUGCCUCGCCAUCGAGAGUAAACCAGAUAAAGGAGAUAAUAGAGUGAAACAGCUAAGCUUGUAUGGAAAGACUUUGGUAAAAAUUCUUACAGAAAAUUAUCAGGAGGCUCCAGACGUGGAUGAUCUAUUGCUAUCGUGUGACCAUUUCAGUGCAGUUGGAACAUUAUUGCAGUACUCCAACAGUGAAGAGCUGGAGAAGGUGCUUCUUCGAGUCCUCGUGAAAGAGCCAGUCUUUGCGCAGGCUGUGAGACCAGACAUCUUUCUUGAUUGCUUGAAUCGCAUGACUGAAGACUCUCUUUCUAUCUGCAAGUUUCUACUUCAGCACAGCAAGACGACCCUUUUGCAGUUUGAGCUUUGGUGCUUAGAAUCGGGCAGAAUGAAAUAUCUUCAGAAAAAUAUGAAUGCUUACCACUCGCUUCUUAAUACGUAUCUAGAGUGCCGAGAAAGGAGUAAAAAUGCACAACCAAAGAGAGUUUUUGCAGAUGCUCUCAAGGUCAUCAGAAAUGCCAUGUGGAAGACAUUGGUCAGCAGCAUUGUAUCGAAUGACCCAUCUGAUGUACUUGAUUUACAGAUGAAAAUACUUGCUAGAUUAGUGCAACAGUUGCCAUCAUCACGAGAAGAUGUGGCAUGUAUUGUGGAUCUGCUACCUCCAGUGCUGGAAAAAACAGCAAAUCUAUCAAGGUGGACUUUAGCCGAUGCAAUCACAAAUGUUCUGGAGGAAUACCCUGAGGACAAACAGUCCUGGAGGAAAUCCCUGCUGAAGGCUUGCAUUCGGUGGUUAGUUGCCAACUAUAGCAGCUGCAAGGUAGAGGAAGAGAAAAUGAAGGAGACAGAAUUGGCAUUACUUGGCAGACUACAGGAAUUAUUGGUCUCGGUUGACGAAGUCAAUGCAGACGAUUGGAAUAAGUAUAUAAAGAAUGGGCUUAAGUAUCGCUAUACAGAUGUGGGAUUUUUGGAAGCCCUCCAUAAGUUCAUACCAGCAUUGUAUGAGAAUGAAAAGCUGAUUCAAAACUUGGUCCCACUGCCUAUGAUUCACACUAUGGUAACAAAUCAUUCUCUCUUUCUGCCAACCAUGCUAAAGGACAGAGAUGAUUCGGGUGAAAGUGCAAGAGUAAAAGAUGCUUUAAUUGAUGUGUUACUGGUUUUGGUCAGACUAUGUCCAUCUGUGUGCAACAGCAACCAUUUUGCUGUAAUGCUGGGAGCAUAUGGAGCAACACUCAGCAUCACAGAUCAGAAGCUGCUGCUCCUUCUACAGUCCUAUGAGAAAAAUGACAUAAGCCUUGCUGAAUUUGGGCAGCUAUUUUGGGGCCCAGCUGCUGUCGAACAUCACAAGACUCGCAAGAGCUUGGGGAAGUCCUUGUGGCAACAACCAAGCAUGGAAGAAAUCUUGUCAUUACUGGACAGGGAGAAAAUGUUGCUGACAAUCAUUAACUUUCCACAACAAAGACGUAUAUUGCCUGAGGGAGGAAAGGAGAUGCUGUUCGAAGGGAAGAACCUUUAUGACCCGUGUUUCCUGCUACCUCUUUUCAGUGGGUUAAUUACCUCAGAGAGUGUGGUUGACUGCUACAAGUUUGUGGACGUUAAUGCUUUUGGAUUAACUGUGGCAUCGCUUAGCAGCUAUGAUCCUAAAAUAAGAGCUGCUGCUUAUCACAUAUUGGGCAAUUACCACAUGCAUCUGGAGGCUGCUCAUUUUAAAGAAAAACGGCAACUACUGUAUCUGUUGGAUGUUGUAAAGAAUGGGAUCCGGCAGCCUAAUGUCAGGUUAACCUUUUGCUUGGUCUUUUAUAUUGCUAAAGUUGCACAACAGAUGCUGAAACCAGAGGAGCACAUGUAUAUGAAGAUUAAUCAUUUCCUUCUGACACAUCAAUAUUUGGACUUAAAGAAAGUGCCUGGGUUUUUUAAACUUUUCUACAGCUUUAAUAUGGAGCAUAAGAUUGAACGUGAAUGGAUUCUCGACCUCCUUGUCAAUAGUUUAAAGGACAAGCAUUGCUUCGAGCUUUGCGACCAUCAGAAAAUAAUCCAUGUCCUUUUAGGCUUUUUUAACAGCCCAUUGUGCGAUGAGACAGCAGAGCAUCAGAUUAUCCAGAUUUUAUUACGUGCAGCACACAUCCCAAAAGCAGCAUAUCAGCUGAUCAGAGACCACAACCUACUGACUUGGACAUUGCACAUUUUACAGAGAAGGGUUUUAGAAAACAGACUGAUGUCUGACUUAAUAUCUCUCCUCCACACCUUGUGGCUUACUAACCUGGGAAACAAAGAAAUGACUCGGACGUUUCUACCUUUUCUGUUUAUAAAUGAAUUUCUGUUUGUUCUGACUAUUCUGGUACAACAUAUUUGGAUAAAAAUGGAGAACAGAACAUUUUCCAGAUUUUUGCAUACUUUAGGUUCUGUUUUACAACACCGUGCAGGUGCUUUUGACGACUACAAAGAGAAAGGAUGGAUUGCCCUAAAUGAAAAAGUUGUGAGCCACACAGAGAUAUUGUUAUUAUUACAUAAGUGGAGUGUUGUCGGAGGUGAAUCCCAAACACAGGAGCUCUUACAAAAUCUGGCCCACAAAUACAACAUCAAGGAAUUGCAAACAGUUAUUAAAGAGAAGACUAAAGCUAAAGGACUUGGUUGGGGAAUGACUCGGUUUGGCAGAAGGAAGAGAGGGAAGAUGCAAGAAGAUACAGAAAAUGAAGAAGAAGAAUCUUGUUUGGAGGAAUGUAAAAUUUCACUGAGGUCCAUAUUCAGUAACUGGGAUGCAGAAAUCACAGUUGAAACUAUCGACCCUCAAGAAAGUAAAGAGGAAGUGGAAUGUGCUGUUAAAGCAACCGUAUGCAUUGUAGCUCAAUGGGUUGUCAAGUCAGCAAUUGAAAAUCCAAUUAGUGACUCUCAAAUGUUCUUGUUGUUGGGAUGGCUUCAGAAAAAUCUCCUGCCUCCUGGCACUGUGGCUCGAGAACUUAUGAGAGACACUAUAUUCCGGCGUCAUCUACUACAGCUUUACUGUAGAGUUACUAACAAUGAAAAUGAAGAUGGCUUGAUAGAAAACCAUUUGCACAUCUUCACCUGUAUCAUGCUUCAGCUGCUGGAGGGCCAAGGCUUGGGGGACGACUGUAUCUACAAGAGUGUUAUCAAACCAGUCUGUCUUCCUGUGUUAAAAGGACAGGAUGAUGAAAGGAAAGCUGCAACGUUGCUUCUUCUCUCUGAUUAUUUGUGGGACGUGUGGCUUGGAGGUCAGAAGCCUCAGCUCUUCCUGUCUCAUGUAAACCUGAUCCUAGAAGCUGAAGAAACAUCAAGGUUUGGCAAGAGUCUGAAAGAAAAGCAGAAGCCAUCUAGUGCCAUUGUCUCGCUCUGUAAAGACAUCCAGAUUCUUAUUGAAAGACAGUAGGUGGAAAAACUGUCGCUUUUAAUUGUGCCUUCAAAUUCAAUUUUUAUUUGCCAGAGAUUUAUUAAA